UCUAUUAUCCUCUGUUUUCAUUUUUCCCGGUAUUUCGUCAUUCAUUUUCUGAUGCAUUGGUGUCACGAGCUUUUAUAUCCGAGGAAAAUCAUUGUUUUUGUGAGGUUGGAUCACGAUUGCUCUUAAUGGAACAAGCAAAACAUUUUGCACUUUUAAAUUUCAAGAAAUAACCAGCAUCGUUCAAAAACGCUUUGUUCAAAUUGUUUUUUCUUUCCUCCUAAUUGACUCGGCUGACAUGCAUCUCAAAGGGAAACUUUUUUCUCACCACCAGCACUAUCACCAUGAUCAUCAUCAAGAAAUUGAAGCAUCGAUACCUCUCUCACUCUCUCGCCGUACAAGAAAGGUGCAGUUUAAUCAUUUUUGAUCGUGUGCGCUAGUGAAUGUAAGGAGGGCACUGAUACCCGCGAAGUGGUCAGCUCUAAGGCUAGGGUGUUCAAGGCUGGAUAUAAUUGAGAAGGAAAUGGGAAGAAUUUGUUGCCCGGAUUAAUGCAUAUAAGACGGCGCGAAGACAUCUCGUGUCAAAAGAACACUUCCUCAACAAGGUGAAGAUUGAGGCUGCACUGGAACGUUUCAACAGAGAUGAAGUCGUGUAUUAUCAAGGAGGACAGAGAGUACUAUGUGAACUAACAGUCACAGAAAACAGACCGUGUCGACUCCUGAUCGGGCGGAACAAGCGGUCACUUCUCAACUACAUGCAAUUGGAGUUAGAAACCGGCAUUUCCGACGAACAAUUGGUGCUCACUGACAUGGCGGGUGCCGAAUUUCCGAUCAGCAAUUUGACAAUAAUUAUUAUCCCACUAACUAAAGCGUACAAUGAUGGAAAUGAAAGAUAACGAGUGUAUUUGGCGGAAAUAAAGAUGGUGGAUACAAAAAACAAGAUACUCCCCGCCAAAAUGGUAGGCAUUCUCAUCAUCUCAUGGCUUCUUAAUAGCUUCCAAUUCACAAUCGCUGAAAACAAGAGACGGCAAGACACUGUUGAAAAAUUUUAAUACGAAAUUCGAUCACUGAAGCGCAAAUCCAUUGGGAGAAUCACGCAGAUCUAUCUCAAGAGCUUCAUCUGCAGUAUCUUCAACUGCAAGUCCUGCCAAAAAGAAGAUCAAGGACAUGACUAAAGAGGAGAAGAAAGAGUACGACCGAAUCAAUCGUCAGAAAAAUCGAGUUAGAGAUAGGCAAUCCCGAACAGCUUUGACAUCACCUGCUGCAUCAUCAGAAACCAUCUCCGCUGAAGAUAUUCAAAAAGCGAUGGAAAUCGAAGAUAAUGAAGGGUUCAAAACUCCUGUCAGCACUCCGAAACGACGAUACUCCACGACAAAAAAAAUGACUCCGAAGCCACUUCCAGAGAAACAAAGAAACUGUCGAAUUCGCAUUGGAUUUCUUGACCUCUUCUCUGUCGAAACAGAAGCAAUUGUUGUUCCAAGCUAUGCAGAUGCAAAUAUUGUUGUAGACGAAAUGGUGGAAAAGUUUCCAGAGUUCAAAGCUGUUCUCGCGUCGAAGGACAACUUUUUUGUGAAGGAAUGCACAGAUAGAAUCGUUGAAAAUUUUGAUGCGGUUUCAUGCAAAUGGAAGAAAGAUCCCCGAACAACAAUCCAUGUUGCACCACCAUGUCUCGAGAUGAAAAGUGUGUUUUCCGUUGUGACUGAAGCCCAUCUCCGAGGGUCCUACCUCACCUCAUUAGUGCGAUGUGACGAGUCUGGAGCGAAAAGUAUUGCUUUUCCGAUUGGCGGGUGCCGGGUUUCCGAUCAGCAAGUUGACAAUAAUUAUUAUCCCACUAACUAAAGCGUACAAUAAUGGAAAUGAAAGAUAA